AUGGUGAAACAAAUCAAAAUCGAACAGCCGUUUUUAAACUUCCGUGGAAGAUUGAGCGAAGGUGUCACCUACAACCCAGCCAACAACACGCUUCUCUGGGUGGAUAUUAUUGCCGGGGAGGUCCAUCGGGUGAAACUUCUUGAAGGAGAUGACUACACCCCAGAGCAGCUCACUACAGUGGCUGCCACCCACGAAGUGGUGAAGGUCCCCGACAGUGUGGGUGUCAUUGGACUAACCAAGGACAAAGAUGUUUACAUUGCUGGGUGCCAGUUUGGCUAUGGCUUUGUCAGCUUUGUCACUGGCGAGUUUGUAUAUAGAAAGCGAUAUGCCAACGCCCUGGCCACGUUGAGAUCCAACGACGGCACCGUUGACCCUCAGGGAAACUUCUGGGUGGGGACCAUGAGUGACUUCAGUGUUGGGUCUGUGAAGCCAGAGGGGUCGUUGUAUCGCAUCAAUACCAAUGGCUCCAUCGAUGAAGUUUUUUCUGAAUGUCUCAUUCCCAACGGGAUGGCUUUCUCCGGUUCUACGCUCACCUGGAUCGACAGCUUGACAUUUACGAUCUGGAAGUUUGACUAUAACCUGGAAACUGGAGAGGUAUCCAACAAGAGACCACACAUUGAGAUUAAGAAGGUUCUUCCGGACUUGAAUUCUCCCGAACCGGAUGGGAUGACGAUGUUGCCGGACGGCUCAAUCUAUGUCGCCGUCUGGUCGUCGUCCAGAGUACUCCAUUUUGACCCGGAGGGGAAACUUGUGACGGAAUUUGUGUUUCCAGCAGAAAGAAUCAGCUGUGUGACGUUUGGAGGGACUUCUGGCGACGAGAUGUUUGUCACCACCGCCAACCAGCACUUGGACGACGUGACCAGGUUGGACGAAGUUGAGGACUUUGGGGGUUCAAUUUUCAGAGUCAAGGUUCCGGGAGUCAAGUCGACACCAAAGAGCAUCUGGCAAGGGAGCCUUGAAUGA